AUGCGGCCGCCGCCGCAUCCUCAAUUUCUCCGCUCACCGGACACACUGCCUCCGUCCGAUCAGUCGCGCAGCCUCCCGAGCAUCGACGCGCCCAAGCCGCGGCACGAGGGCGCUUUCGAGGACAACUCGAUCAUGGCCAACAUCGACUACAAAGAGAAGGUCGGCUUCGUGCCGGCUGGCGACGGAGGCCGAGUCACAAUCGUCCUCUCGUUUGCGUCGGAAUCCCCUUCGCUCCUCGGAGCCGAGGCGUGCGGCGCCAAGAACGCCCUCGCGAAGGACGCCCCCGCAAAGUCUGGCGCGGAGGCCUCCGACGAGAGCAUCCUCAAGAAAGACCUGGCCGCGGCAAAGGCGCCCGCCGCGGGCACAGUCGACUCGGACAAGGCCAAGGCCGUUUUCUCGAUUAAGUUUACGCGCCCGACCGGCGCACCGACGGCCCCCACCGGCGCACCAGUCAAGGGCGCCCUCAACAAGGACAUCCCUGCGGCAAAGUCUGCGGAGGGCGACGCCGACUGGAACGUCUCGACCAAGGACCUUCCGGAGGAGACGGCCGCCCCGGCGGGUGUCGACGCGUGGAAGUCCCCCUCCCCGCUCCGCAAGAUCGAGCGCAAGGGCGAGUCCACCCUGGUCGACCGCUCCAAGAAGACCACCAAGAACCGCACCCCGAUCGGCCGCGUCGACCCCAACGGGUUCGCGGCGCUGCUCGGAACGGAGGUCGACGAGGAAGACCUCGCUGGCGUCGGCUCCGGCAACGCGUUCGACGACGAGGAAGACCCCGCUGGCGUCGGCUCCGGCAAGGCGUCUGUCGGCGACGCCCCGCCGUCGUCGGCGACGCCCUCGGCGCGUAUCCGCGGCGCCGGGCAGGAGACGGAGCCGACCUCGACGCGCUCCAGCUUCCGCUUCGGCAAGUUCUGCUCGACCAAGCUGCUGUGCAUCUUCUUCUCUGUGGUGAUUGGCUUGGGCUGCUCGGCGUUUGCUCUGUCUUCCUACGGUUCUGCCGGCGUCUCCGAGCUCCUCGACGCGGUGUUCGUGCCCGACGCGGCCGCGAUCCCGGUUCUCGACCUCCCCAACACCACGCCAAAGGACGAGUUCAACCCGACGGCGCUCCCGGCCGAGACUGAGCGCGGGCCGCUGUUUGCUCCGCUCACGCCGGCGCUCGAGCUUAGCGACUUCGUUGGGCUGGCACAGGAUUGCAACCUCACCGACACGCUGCAGCUCAUGCGCGGCGUCCAAACCGUGACGGAAGUCACCACCCGCAUGGUCGUGGCGCCCAUGAAGGUGCGGACCGAGUUUAUGGCGUGCAUCAACAGCAAAUGGAGCAUGUCCUACCAGGGUCCAUGCACCGACAACCUUGAGGCGACCUCGCCUCGCCGCCGUUUGUUCAUCAACUCCAUCAUCCAAUGGGCUACAAGUCUGGUCCUGCCGUAUGUUGUUGUUGGCACAAAGGCGCUCUUUGCAGAGGGCGAUCUCCUCGAAGAUUGCCGCGACGUAAAACGUCACGAGGAGGCCCACCUUCAGUGGCCGUACCGGCGUCUUCCCGACGGGUUCGACGACGCUCUUGCCUUCUCCUUGUGGAAGUACAGCAACGCUGCCUAUCGAUCGAGAAGCUGCAAGGCGCUGACUCUUUGCCACCAGCCUUUCAAAUCGACUCUCGAAGAGGAGACCGGCAUGACGUUCGAACGUCUGCAGGCGGUGGCCAACCAGCUUUCUCGAGUCGAAGGCUGGUCCAAACUAGUCGAGCGGGAAGAUGUCGUCGACCCGAAGGAUUGGUCCCAAAACAUGAAGCGUGUGGCCGCCAGGCUGCAGCCUGACACCGACAAUUUCAGGCAGUUUUACUACGAGCCGACUAACAUCAAAGGCUACACCGUGCCGACGGCAGAUGGCGGGCUGGUCGUCGCCUUGCGCGGCACGGAGAAGACGAGCCUGACAAAUUGGAUCCAAAAUUUUGACUUCGAAUUGGUCGACUGUAAAGAUGCGUUUCCAAACUGGGAAGCGCCGAUAGGGGCAGAUGCAUUUGAGAAGCCGGUCGAGGAAGUUGUGUGGGACAUAAUGUAUGAGCGUCCGGUCGAACUGCGCCCGGACAUCAUCAAGGAAGGCUGCAAGGUCACUCGGGGAUUCGCGCUUAACUACAUGUCGCUGUUUGCUGCUGAUGCGGGCGCCGGGAUGUUUGCCGAAAUCAUCGACACGCUCAAGUCGCGACGGGACGCGGCGGCACUCUACACCACGGGUCACUCCCUCGGCGGGGCCUUAGUUUCGAUGUUUCUGCUCCAUCUUCUGGGGUGCAAGACCCCCGACUGCAGCGAGGCUCUCGCGAAAAUCAGCGAGAUACACGCCUACACGUAUGGGCAGCCGCGCGUGGGCAACGACAACUUUGCUCUCACUCUCGAGUAUGCCCUUCGCAAGGCUAACGCGGACACGGCUGGGGCGGCUCUCUAUCGCAUCACCCAGUGGAGGGACCCUGUGCAAUACGGCCCCCCUCGCUUCAAAGGGUUUGCCCACGCCGGAUACGAGGUUUACUACACUUUGCACGGCGGCGACGCGAAAGCAAAGUACUAUGCGCAAAACCCGUGGGGCAUCGGAUAUCCGCCAAACACGACCGAGCAUCGCGAUGACUUUAAGCAUCCCUGCAACGAGGACAACAAGUGCCCUGCCUCCUGCUUGCUACCGGGGAACUUUGGGAUGUCGGAAGGACGCGCGUGUGGCUCAGCAGCGACGGACUCUUUUGGUGGUGGGAGAACAUAUGGACCCACCCUGUUAAACGCGAUCAGUGACCACAUGGAAUAUAUGUGCAACGAGAAAUGUCGGGACGAAUGA